AUCUCAAAAAGGUAUUUUGUUGGUGUGAUUGUGAUGGUGGUGAUGGCCAAGGCCGCCAUGGCUGUGACUUCUCAUGACUAUGGAGAUGCUUUGACUAAAAGCUUAUUGUUCUUUGAAGGUCAGAGGUCGGGAAAGUUGCCUCCUACCCAGAGGGUCACUUGGAGGAAGGAUUCUGCUCUUCGUGAUGGGCUCGAGAUUGGUGUUGACUUGGUGGGUGGGUACUACGACGCCGGAGACAACGUGAAGUUCAACUUUCCGAUGGCGUUCAGCACCACCAUGGUGGCGUGGAGCGUGUUGGAGUUCGGAAAACUGAUGGGUUCGGAGCUCCCCCACGCCCUCGACUCCGUCCGAUGGGCCGCCGAUUACUUCCUCAAGGCCACGGCGCUUCCCGGCCUUGUUUUCGCUCAGGUCGGCGACCCUUUUGCCGACCACGACUGCUGGCAGCGCCCCGAAGAUAUGGACACGCCGAGAACUCCUUAUGCCGUCAGCAAGCAGUUUCCCGGCUCCGAAGUAUCGGCUGAGAUCGCCGCCGCUCUGGCCGCCUCCUCCCUUGUGUUUAGGGCCGCUGAUAGAGGGUACUCCGCCAGGCUUCUCAAAAGGGCUAGAAUGGUUUUUGAGUUUGCAGAUACAUACCGAGGAUCCUACAACGAGAGUCUUGGACGUUGGGUUUGUCCAUUUUAUUGCAGUUUCAGCGGCUAUGAGGAUGAAUUGAUAUGGGGAGCUGCUUGGUUGUUCAAGGCAACAAAGGCUGCAUAUUACUGGAAUUAUGUCACCAAAAACAUCAACAAAAUACAAAACUCUGCUGAGUUUGGAUGGGAUACUAAGGAUGCAGGGAUUAAUGUCCUCAUUUCCAAGUUUGUGAUGAGUGGAAAUGAUACUUCUGAUAUCUUUAUCAGUAAUGCUGAUAAGUUUGUAUGCACACUUCUCCCUGAAUCGCCCUCUCUAUCAGUCUCUUACUCACCAGGUGGGCUUCUAUUCAAACCUGGAGGAAGUAACAUGCAGCACUCAACAGCCUUAUCUUUUCUUCUUCUUGUUUACUCUCAAUACAUCAACCAAUCCAAACGCCUCAUUCACUGUGGAAAUGUUGUAAUCCCUCCCUCUCGCCUUGUACAAGUUGCCAAAGGCCAGGUGGAUUAUAUAUUAGGAAGCAAUCCUUUGGGGAUGUCAUAUAUGGUGGGAUACGGGAAGAAAUUUCCAGAGAGGAUCCACCACCGUGCCUCGUCGCUGCCGUCGAGCGCCACCCAUCCGGAGCGCAUUGCAUGUGCAGGCGGGAACCAAUACUUUCACAGCGCCGCUCCAAACCCUAAUUUGCUGUUAGGAGCUGUGGUUGGAGGGCCCGAUUUUAAAGAUUCUUAUGCAGAUUCUCGACCUGAUUUUGCCUAUUCCGAGCCAACUACUUAUAUUAAUGCUCCUCUUCUUGCUCUCUUGGCUUACUUCAAAUCCCAUCCAUCCUAG